AUGGAGGAGGCGGGGGCCGCCCCCGCCCCGGCGCUCGCCGAGCUGCGGGCGGACGAAUGUUAUGCUGAUUUCUUCAGAGAAGACUUUGAUGUGAAAGCUUACACUUCUCAGUCCAUCCAUCAGGCUGUGAUAGCAGAGCAAUUGGCUAAACUUGCUCAAGGUAUUAGUCAGUUGGAUAAAGAGCUGCAUUUACAAGUUGUUGCAAGACAUGAAGAUCUGUUGGCCCAAGCAACUGGAAUUGAGUCCCUGGAAGGUGUCCUCCAAAUGAUGCAGACUAGAAUUGGUGCUCUACAAAGCACUGUUGAUAGAAUUAGAGCCAAAAUUGUUGACCCCUACAACAAAAUAGUGUCUCGCACAGCUCAGCUAGCGAAACUUCAAGCUGCCUGUGACUUGCUGCGGAGGAUAAUACGCAUCUUGUAUCUCAGUAAGAGACUUCAAGGACAACUGCAAGGAGGAAGCAGAGAGAUAACAAAAGCUGCCCAGAGUCUCAAUGAACUUGAUUAUCUUUCUCAAGGGAUAGACCUGUCUGGAAUAGAAGUAAUUGAAAAUGACCUGCUUUUUAUUGCAAGAGCUCGUCUUGAGGUGGAAAACCAAGCUAAAAGGUUGCUUGAGCAAGGUGUGGAGACUCAGAAUCCUACUCAAGUGGGAACUGCUCUUCAGGUUUUCCAUAAUCUUGGGACUUUGAAGGAUACCAUUGCUAAUGUGGUGGAAGGAUACUGCACAGCACUGGAAGAGAACAUAAAGAAUGCUCUGGAUAUCAAAGUGUUGACCCAAUCAUCUCAAACAGUCACAAGAGGUGGCCCUGGUAGAGCUGCUAUGCCAACACCUGGGAACACAGCAGCUUUUCGAGCAGCCCUCUGGACAAACAUGGAGAAACUCAUGGAUCAGAUCUGUGCUGCUUGUGGACAGGUGCAGCAUUUGCAGAAAGUAUUGGCAAAAAAAAGAGAUCCUGUGUCACAUGUCUGCUUCAUAGAGGAGAUAGUUAAGGAUGGCCAGUUUGAUAUUUUGUACAAAUUUUGGACCGCAGUAACCCAGACACUUUCCUCUCAGUUUCAGUCAGCAACAGACUCCUCUAUGUUUUUGAAACAAGCAUUUGAAGGAGAAUACCCUAAAUUACUGAGACUUUAUAAUGAUUUGUGGAAGCGCCUCCAACAAUAUAGUCAAAAUAUUCAGAGGAAUUUUAGCACAAGUGGAACUACUGAUCUUUUUGCUGAACUGCAACAAAUGGAAGAAGAUGCACAGGACAUAUUCAUGCAAAAAAAUGAAGAUUACGAUCCAGAAAAGGCCUUGAAAGAUUCACUGCAACAGUAUGAAGCUGCCUAUCUGUCAAAAUCCUUAUCUCGACUGUUUGACCCCAUCAAUCUUGUCUUUCCUCCUGGAGGUCGGAAUCCUCCCUCUUCUGAUGAGCUUGAUAGCAUCAUUAAAACGAUAGCCAGUGAGCUAAAUGUGGCUGCUGUUGAUCCAGACUUGAGUUUAGCUGUGGCCAAAAACGUGGCAAAGACAAUUCAGCUUUACGGUGUAAAAUCAGAGCAGCUUCUGUCUACACAAGGAGAUGCCAGCCAGGUGAUUGGGCCACUGACAGAGGGCCAGAGGAGGAACGUGGCUGUGGUUAACUCUCUGUACAAACUGCACCAGGCAGUUCUGAAGGUUACUACCAGUCAGAGCUCAUUUCCAGCAGCUGCUGAGCAAACGGUCACAACUGCCUUAAAGGCAGUCCAUGAUCUAAUGGGUAGUGCUGUUCAGCCGCUACUGAACUCUGUUGGAGAUUCAGUGGAAGCUAUUAUCAUCACUAUGCACCAGGAAGAUUUUUCUGGAUCAUUAUCCAGCUCAGGAAAACCAGAUGUCCCUUGUUCUCUCUACAUGAAAGAGCUUCAGGGUUUUAUAGCAAGAGUCAUGAGCGACUACUUCAGACAUUUUGAGUGUUUUGACUUUGUCUUUGAUAACACUGAAGCCAUGGCUCAGAGAGCAAUUGAACUUUUCCUUCGCCAUGCCAGUCUCAUAAGGCCCCUCGGUGAAGGUGGGAAGAUGCGCCUGGCAGCGGAUUUUGCACAGAUGGAGUUAGCAGUAGCACCGCUGUGUCGGCGAGUCUCUGACUUAGGAAAAUCUUACAGACAGCUGAGGUCAUUCAGACCACUGCUGUUCCAGACCAGUGAGCAUAUUGCCAGUAGCCCAGCUCUGGGAGAGGUUAUUCCAUUCAGCAUUAUUCUUCAGUUCUUAUUUACAAGAGCACCACCAGAGCUAAAAUCACCCUUCCAGAGAGCUGAGUGGUCCAUUGCCCGCUACUCCCAGUGGCUCGAUGAUCAUCCAUCUGAAAAAGACAGGCUUGCUCUCAUACGUGGUGCACUGGAAGCUUAUGUUCAAUCAGUGAGAACAAGAGAGGGAAAGGAGUUUGCACCAGUCUAUCCCAUAAUGGUUCAGCUGCUGCAGAAAGCCAUGUCAGCCCUUCAGUGAGCACACCUGGACAAUGCUCUCACACCAGGGAAUGGACGGUAACACAGCUGGGGGCUCUGGUGCCACACACAUAUUCACUGUUCAUGUAAAUUAUCCCCAAGUGCAUCAGCUUUACAAUGAAAUGUUUACCUCCUUCAUGGCUGAAACUUCUGUCUUCUUGCUUUAUGUUCACAUUACAGGAGCUUAAUUAUACAGAAAUAUUGUAAGGAAAUUGUACAACUUUUAUGUGCUGUAAGUCUGCAUUUAAUUGAAACAUUCUUAAGCAUUCCUUUUGAAUUCAGAAAAGUAUAAAAUUAGAACUCAAAUAUUACAGUGUAAUUGCUGAAUAUCUCAAAUAAGGAAGCAGCUCUUUUCCUAUAAGUAGAGUUUUAAACAGUUGAAUACAUUUUAGCCAUAUUCAGAAAAUUGUACUUUUGAAAUGUCUGAAUCAUCAGUUUCCAUCUAAAAGUCACUAAUUUUAACACAAGGAAAAAUAUUUAUAACUAACCUAAAUGCUUCUCUAUUGCUCUGCUACUUGCUCAGAAAUAAUUUAUAUUGAUUUCAAGUCUUUUUGCUUAAACUGUAAUAAAGAGCAUUAACUAUCCAAUCCUGAAAAUAGUAUUUGAAAUUCUUCACUAGCUUCCUAAUGGUAAAGCAUUAAAAUAUACUUUGGAUGGGUUCAUGUAC